UACGAAAAGGGCACUCUCAGAGGACAAAGGGGGAGUUUGUCUUUCUUUCUCGUGUCGCAGGAAAAGCAAAAGCAGAGAGAGAAGCCCUAAAGCCCUAUCAGAUGUUAGCUUUUUCUAAUUCCUUGCUUGUUCGUCCGAGAAACCGAAAGCAAAAGAGUCCUAAAAGAGAAUAAACUAAAUAUAAAAGAAGGAAAUCCCUCUAAAAUGCGCACUCUCUCUCCAUUCACCACCCCAUCCCCUCUCUUUCAUACUGACCUCAACAGACACAAGAAGAAGAAGAAGAAGAAGAAGAAGAAGAGGAAGAAGGGGGAAAUCUCUCUACUGAUUGCCACAGGAUGGCGAGCUCCAGCGGGACCAAGAAUCCCAGCGAGACUCCGCAGAGAUCCUUCUCGAGGCGGAUGUCUAGGGCCCCGACCAUGCUCAAUACCCUCGAGGACGACCCCACCGCUGUCGACAGCGAGCUCGUUCCUUCAUCCCUCUCCUUCAUCACCCCCAUCCUUCGUGUUGCCAAUGAGUUGGAGCACAUUAAUCCCCGUGUCGCCUAUCUAUGUCGCUUCCAUGCAUUUGAGAAGGCUCACUAUUUGGAUCCUACAUCAAGUGGACGAGGUGUUCGUCAGUUCAAAACAUAUCUUUUACAUAGAUUGGAAAAGGAAGAAGUAGAGACAAAACGGAUGCUUGCCAAGAAUGACAGCAGAGAAAUGCAAAAGUUUUACCAAUGGUUCUAUGAAGAAAACGUCAAAGAAGGCCCCACCAAAAGAAAACCUGAGGAGAUGGCCAAGAACUAUCAGAUGGCAUCCAUUCUAUAUGAUGUACUGAAAACUGUGGCACCUUCAGAGAAAGUCGAUGAGAUAGAACGAUAUGCUGAAGAAGUUGAGCGUAAGAAAGAGCAUUAUGCCCAGUAUAAUAUUCUUCCUCUACAUACAUCUGGUGCAACUUCACCAAUCAUGGAACUUCCUGAGAUCAAAGCUGCAGUAAGUGCUCUGCGUAGGCUGGAUAAUCUUCCAAAGCCCAGGAUCCAAUCAACAGAGAGUGCUCCCAGUAAAAGUGAUGAUUUUUUAAUGCCUGGACAUGGGGAUAAAUCUAUCCAUGAUUUGCUUGACUGGCUGUGGUUAACCUUUGGAUUUCAGAAAGGAAAUGUGGCGAAUCAGAGGGAGCACUUAAUUUUGCUACUUGCAAACAUUGACACAAGGAAUAGGCUCCAUGGGGAAUAUAGCCAUCUGAAUAGUGAAACCAUACAGCUUCUGAUGGACAAGAUUUUCAAGAACUACCAUUCAUGGUGUGCUUAUUUGCAUAUCCAUUCGAACAUCAAGUUUCCAAGUAAUGCUGAGAUGCAACAGUUGGAGCUCCUUUAUAUUGGACUUUACCUUCUUAUCUGGGGCGAAGCUUCAAAUGUUCGGUUCAUGCCUGAAUGUAUUUGCUAUAUCUUCCAUAAUAUGGCAAAGGAGCUCCAUGGAAUUUUAUAUGGUAAUGUACAUCCGGUUAGUGGAGAUCAUAUCCAAGCAGCACACCAUGGCGAGGAAUCAUUUCUGCGAGAAGUUAUAACUCCUAUAUAUCAAGUCAUGCUCAAGGAAGCUCGAAGAAACAAGGGUGGCACUGCAAGCCAUUCAAAAUGGAGAAAUUAUGAUGAUUUAAAUGAAUAUUUUUGGACGAGAGAAUGCUUUAAAUUAGGGUGGCCAAUGAAUUACGAGGCAGAUUUUUUUGUUGAGGAGGUGACCCAUACAGAUGAGCAUCGUCACCAAGUUGUAAGUGGCCGGACAAAGCCUAAAACUAAUUUUGUCGAAGUCCGUACCUUUUGGCACCUUUUCAGAAGUUUUGAUAGGAUGUGGAUAUUCUUUAUAUUGGCUUUCCAGGCUAUGGUAAUUAUUGCAUGGAGUCCUACUGGCUCUGUUAUUGCCUUCUUUGAUCCGGAUGUAUUUAAAGAUGUUUUGAGCAUCUUUAUAACUGCUGCUUUACUCAAUUUCCUGCAAGCUACUCUGGAUAUUAUUCUUAGCUGGAAAGCUUGGGGAAGCAUGAAAUAUACCCAAAUAAUUCGGUAUCUCCUGAAAUUUGCAGUUGCAGCUGUAUGGGUAAUAGUCCUGCCUAUUGGUUAUUCUAGCUCUGUGCAGAAUCCCACUGGACUUGUAAAAUUUUUUAGCAACUGGGCCAGAAAUUGGCAAAAUCAGUCGUUGUAUAGUUAUGCAGUUGUAAUAUAUAUGAUACCCAAUGUAUUGGCUGCCUUGUUAUUCAUGCUUCCUCCACUGCGAAGAUCCAUGGAGCGUUCAAACUGGCGGAUUGUUAUUCUUUUAAUGUGGUGGGCUCAGCCAAAGUUAUAUGUUGGAAGAGGCAUGCAUGAGGGCCUGUUCUCGCUUCUCAAAUAUACUCUAUUUUGGAUCCUGCUGCUAAUCAGCAAGCUAGCAUUCAGCUACUAUGUUGAGAUAUUGCCUUUGAUUGAGCCAACAAAGCUGAUCAUGGGAAUGAGAAUCACCAGCUAUGAAUGGCAUGAAUUUUUUCCUAAUGUUGAGCACAAUAUCGGUGUUGUUAUUUCCAUAUGGGCCCCAAUUGUCCUGGUGUAUUUCAUGGAUGCACAGAUAUGGUAUGCUAUUUUCUCCACUAUCGUUGGAGGCAUUAUUGGAGCCUUCAGCCACCUGGGUGAGAUUCGGACGCUCGGGAUGCUACGCUCCAGAUUUGAAGCCGUGCCAAAUGCUUUUAGUGAACGACUAGUGCCAUCCUCUAAAGAGGGAUCCAGAAGGAAUCAUACCGAGGAGGACGAACGGAAGAACAUUGCAAAGUUCUCUCAGGUGUGGAAUGGGUUCAUCAGUAGUAUGCGGGAGGAGGACUUGAUCAGCAAUAAGGAGAAGGAUCUGCUGCUUGUACCAUAUUCUUCAGGUGAUGUAUCUGUUGUUCAGUGGCCUCCUUUCCUGCUUGCAAGUAAGAUACCGAUAGCAUUGGACAUGGCAAAAGAUUUCCGGGGGAGAGAGGAUGCAGAUUUAUUUAGAAAGAUAAAAAUCGAUGAUUACAUGUAUUCUGCCGUGAUAGAAUUCUAUGAGACGCUGAGAGAUAUACUUCUGGGCCUUUGGGAUGAUGAAGAGGAUAAAUUGGUUGUCCAUCAAAUAUGUCGAGAGGUCAAAAAUAGCAUAGGGCAGAGCAGAUUUCUGAGUGAGUUCAGGAUGAGUGAACUGCCUCAGCUCAGCAGUAAGUUGGAGAAGCUUCUAAACUUUUUGAAACCUGAUUAUGUAGACGAUCUUGAGGCAAAUCUUGAGGCAAAUAAGCCACACAUCAUCAACGUCCUUCAGGAUAUAAUGGAGAUCAUCAUACAUGAUGUUAUGGUUAAGGGCGAUGUAAUUGAGACAUAUCAACAUAGACAUCAAAAUCAGGAUGACAAAACCAGACCAAAGUUUUCAACUUUGAACCUCAGCCUUGUGAAAAGUAGAUCUUGGCGUGAGAAGGUUGUUAGGCUUCAUUUGCUAUUAACUGUGAAGGAGUCUGCAAUAAACAUACCCAUGAAUUUGGAUGCUCGCCGCCGCAUUACUUUCUUUACGAACUCUUUGUUUAUGAACAUGCCGAGUGCUCCAAAAGUCCGUGACAUGUUAUCUUUCAGUGUUUUGACUCCAUAUUACAAAGAAGAAGUUCUCUAUUCAGACGAGGAACUUAACAAGGACAAUGAGGAUGGAAUAUCGGUUUUGUUCUAUCUACAGAAGAUAUAUCCAGAUGAAUGGGGGAAUUUCUUGGAACGAAUACAUGCUUCUGCUCAAGGAAAUGAGACCGUUUUUAUGGAUGGAGUUCGUCAGUGGGUAUCAUAUAGAGCACAAACACUUUCUAGAACAGUGAGAGGGAUGAUGUAUUAUAGGCAGGCACUAGAACUUCAAUGCUCCCUGGAUAUGCCAGGAGAUGUUAUGUUCGAUGGCCAUUAUCAUGGCAAACAGGAGUUCACCGUACAUUCACAAGCUGUUGCAGAUAUGAAGUUCACCUAUGUUGUUUCCUGUCAGGUUUAUGGAGCACAGAAAAAAUCCAGCGAAAUGCGGGAUCGAAGUUGUUAUCAGAACAUUCUGAAUCUCAUGUUAAAGUACCCGUCUUUGCGUGUCGCAUAUAUAGACGAGAGAGAGGAGACGGUGAAUGAAAAAGUUGUAAAAGUAUAUUAUUCUGUUCUUCUUAAAGGAGGCGAAAAAUUGGAUGAGGAAAUUUACCGAAUCAAACUCCCUGGCUCUCCAAUUGCUAUUGGUGAAGGAAAGCCUGAAAAUCAAAAUCAUGCUAUAAUUUUCACACGUGGGGAAGCACUUCAGACCAUAGACAUGAAUCAGGAUAAUUACCUUGAAGAAGCUUUCAAACUGAGGAAUAUCUUGGAGGAGUUCUUGAAAUCUCGUGGUGGGCAUCGAAAGCCUACAAUAUUGGGUCUCCGGGAACACAUUUUUACUGGAAGUGUUUCAUCACUAGCUUGGUUCAUGUCCAAUCAAGAGACAAGUUUUGUAACUAUUGGGCAGCGAAUUCUGGCAAACCCUCUCAAGGUCCGCUUUCACUAUGGGCAUCCUGAUAUAUUUGAUAGAAUCUUUCACAUGACAAGAGGUGGCAUAAGCAAAGCUUCAAAACUCAUUAAUUUAAGCGAGGAUAUAUUUUCAGGGUUCAAUUCAACUCUACGUGGAGGAAUUGUAACGCAUCAUGAAUAUAUGCAAGUCGGAAAGGGACGUGAUGUGGGAAUGAAUCAAAUAUCACUCUUUGAAGCUAAGGUAUCAAAUGGAAAUGGAGAACAGACACUGAGUCGUGAUGUUUACCGGUUAGGGCGCAGAUUUGACUUCUACAGAAUGUUAUCUUUCUAUUUCACAACAGUUGGUUUCUACGUCAGUAGCAUGGUCACUGUACUUACUGUUUAUGUAUUCUUAUAUGGACGCUUAUAUCUGGUUCUGAGUGGUCUGGAAAAAGCCAUUCUAGAUAAUCCAAGCAUUCAGCAGAGCAAGUCUCUUGAAACUGCUUUGGCUUCGCAAUCCGCCUUUCAGCUUGGCCUGUUACUGGUGCUGCCUAUGGUGAUGGAAAUUGGCCUAGAGAAAGGCUUCCGCAGAGCCCUGGGUGAAUUCAUAAUCAUGCAGCUGCAGCUGGCCUCUGUUUUUUUCACCUUUCAACUUGGAACGAAAGCCCAUUAUUAUGGGAGAACAAUACUUCAUGGUGGUGCUAAAUACAGAGCUACUGGUCGUGGGUUCGUGGUGUUUCAUGCAAAGUUCGCUGAUAACUACAGGUUGUACUCACGCAGUCACUUUGUGAAGGGAUUGGAGUUGAUGAUACUGUUGGUUGUAUAUGAAGUUUAUGGUCACUCAUACCGCAGUUCGAGUGUGUAUCUAUUUGUUACAUUCUCCAUGUGGUUCUUGGUUGCUUCAUGGUUAUUUGCACCUUUUAUCUUCAAUCCUUCGGGAUUUGAGUGGCAGAAGACGGUGGAUGACUGGACAGACUGGAAAAGGUGGAUGGGUAAUCGUGGUGGGAUUGGCAUCCAACCUGACAGAAGUUGGGAAUCUUGGUGGGAUGGAGAACAGGAGCACCUGAUACACACUGGCAUCCGAGGACGAGUGCUUGAGAUACUCCUAUCAUUGCGCUUCUUGAUCUACCAGUAUGGAAUUGUUUACCACCUUAACAUAGCCCAUCACAGCAAGAGUGUGCUGGUAUAUGGUCUAUCGUGGUUAGUUAUGGCAACUGUUCUAGUGGUUUUAAAGAUGGUAUCGAUGGGUAGACGGAAAUUUGGCAUUGAUUUUCAACUGAUGUUCAGAAUCCUCAAAGGGCUUCUCUUCCUCGGUUUUGUGUCUGUCAUUACUGUCUUAUUUGUUGUCUGUGGCCUCACUAUAGCGGAUGUAUUUUCUGGUAUACUUGCCUUCAUGCCCACGGGGUGGGCCUUUAUUCUUAUUGGGCAAGCAUGCAGACCUCUGAUGAGGGCUGUGGGAUUCUGGGACUCAAUAAAGGAGCUAGCAAGAGCAUACGAGUACGUGAUGGGACUCAUACUCUUCAUGCCCGUAGUCGUACUCUCAUGGUUCCCUUUUGUUUCGGAGUUUCAGACGCGCUUGCUCUUCAAUCAAGCUUUCAGUAGAGGCCUUCAGAUCUCCAGGAUUCUUGCUGGGAAGAAAGAUAGUCCCGCUUUCAAUUGAGAUUUCAAAGCUAUUGUUUGAUCCUUUAUCCUCCUGUCACAGGAUUAACUUCAUUCUUUGAACAGUUGCUAUUAAUAAUCUAUCAGUUUCUUCAUUCAUUUAUGCAUGUAGGACAGUAGUCUAUUCACAUACACCUAACUAGGAAUUGCUACCUUCCAAUUCCAACGCGGUCUCUUGUGAGGAAAUACAAAUGAUUUUUACUGAAAUGCCCUUGUAUGUGUGUCAGCUGAUGUAUGCUUUGAACCAAGAGAAGGGAAUGUGUAAAAUCAGAUUCAGGUUGAAUUUGGGUGUGCUACUGAAUUGAAUUUAAAUCAUUAGUCUAACAGCAUAGAAAUGACCAGAAUUGUAAUAUUCUUGGCA